GAGAGAGUGAGGGCGAGUCUCACCCAGCACUUGAUUCCCUUUGUGGGUUAAAAAAUAUAUAUAGAAAAGAAGAAAAUAUCUGUAAUUUGUAAAGUGAAAAACUUUACAGUAUACACAAGUUUCCAUGUGAAUUUUUUACUGGAAUACAUGUUGCUGCAGGUUUUAUGUUUAUUUUUAGUAUUUUAUUGCACAAUGGAUCUGAACUUCAUCAUCUAUGGUUUCUCCUAGUCUCCUAAAUUCAUGGUUUUAAUGUAUUUUUCCUCUGCAUUUUGAGUUUUUCCUGCAAAACCUUUCUCUGCCUUUUUACUCUUCUUGUUCUUUUGGAACCAACAAAUUUUUUUCUUUCUGUUCUAAUCUUUCUGAUGGCUCUAGGCCAAUCAUGAAGCUUUGAUGAUGGGUUCUUCUUUAAUUUAAUGCACGCUCACAUGCUUUCAGCCUUUUGGGUUAGGCAUUAUUGGGUUUUCAUUGCCUCCCUUCUCUCUCUCUCUCUCUCUCUCUCUCUCUAUCUUUUAAUAUGUGGACUGUGAGUUGAAGCUAGGUAAUUAGUUAUGUAUGCAAAUGGGUCCUCCAUCCCUACUUCCAGCUACUGUGUGUGGUAAGUUUCAGAUAUUAUGAGAGUUCCUGUUAGGCACCACUGGCCUUUUUUCCUUUUUUGACAUGAUAAGUUUUGCAAAUGUGCUUUUAAUUACUUGGGAAAACUAGAUUUUACAUUUUUUUUCUGUACAUAGAGAGAUGGGGAGAUAUUUAAUGUGCCCCUUUGUAUUGGAUCAUGAAUGCACUGGAGAAGAAUUAAGUAGCAAGACAAGCUUUGAAUAGGUUCUAACCCAAUGCACGCUAGCUGUUUGAUACCAGUUCUCAUAUAAACAUAUACAUAUAUAUAUAUAGGAGCAAGUGAUUUCUGGGGAGUGAUCUUGGUCCAUUUUCUUCGCCUCUAGAUCUUCUGUAGUACACUGUUUUAGAUCUCAAGGUAGUUGUAUAGGUUUGGAUUUCAAGAAAUAUAGGAUCUGGACCAUUUUGCUUGACUUGGGAUCUGCUCUUAUUCACGGCUAUGAAUUAGACUCGCUUUUUCCAUCAUAGAAAGCUAAGUGUUUUAGUGGUCGCACAUAGUUCUGUGAGCAAGCAAUUAAGAAAGAUUUUGGUUAGAGAAUGAGAUCCAUAGAGGAUAAAGGGUGCUUCAACCAUGGACCAAUUCAAGAAAUUUCAACCAGCAACGGGAUAAGUUUUGAGUUUCAUAAAGGCAAUGGAGCUAACCGCACUUCUCAUCAUAGGACAGCCUUAGGCAAACCAGCACCAUCGAAAUGGGAUGAUGCACAAAAAUGGCUAGUUGGGUUGUCAAGGGGAGGAGAUAAAAACCAAUCCAAGCCAAGAAACUCCAAUGCUGACGAUAGGAGAUUGAUAACUCCAGUUCCACAGCAGGAACAAGACUAUCCAAGUGAUGAAGAUGAAGUUGAAGGACAAGAAACAAAUGGGUUCCCAGAUUCCGCGGCAAAUCCUUAUGAAGUGGAAACUAAGAAGGUGGAUUGUGAUGAGUCCAUUUGGAGAAUAAACAAGCCAGCGCAGAAUUCCAAUUCAUCUGCUCCUAGAUCAAUAUGUGUUAGAGAUAUGGGGACUGAGAUGACCCCAAUUGCCAGCCAAGAGCCUUCAAGAACCGCAACACCUAUUAGAGCUGGAACUCCAGUGGCAAGAAGUCCCAUAUCUUCCGGAUCCUCCACUCCAGUAAGGCAUCAGCAUGGGCAGCAAGGCACUGAUCAGGGCUAUCCAGGAGCUGAGACUAGUUCUGCUGCCAGAGGGCACCAUGGAGAAGAACCUAACGGUUCUAAGAUGUCUGAGAACAAGGAAUCACAUGAAGCAAGAAAUCUGAAUCCCUUGGAGACAAGAGCUAUUGCUUGGGACGAGGCAGAGCGUGCCAAAUAUAUGGCAAGGUAUAAGCGUGAAGAGGUGAAGAUACAAGCGUGGGAAAAUCAUGAGAAAAGGAAAGCAGAAAUGGAAAUGAAGAAAAUGGAGGUGAAGGCUGAGAGAAUAAAAGCUCGAGCACAAGAAAAGUUGGCAAGCAAACUAGCAGCAACAAAAAGGAUAGCUGAAGAGAAGAGAGCAAAUGCUGAGGCCAAAAUGAAUGAGAAAGCUGUAAGGACUGCUGAAAGAGCAGAUUAUAUAAGGAGGACUGGUCACUUACCCUCUUCCUUUUCCUUCAAGUUGCCUUCGCUUUGCUGGUAGUGAUGCUGCUGCACUAUGUCUCCAUUGUCACCUCUUUUCUUGACAUAUAUUCCUUUGAACUUUUUUGAACUCAUUUCAUAAGUUAAUUAUAAAAAAGCUUUUCUUGCUGUUGCUUUCCUAUGA